UCGGCAGCCAUUGUCAAGAUUCCAGAGGGAGAGAGAAACCAGUGACCGGAGGAGAAGAAGAAGAUAGUAACGGAGGAUGGGGGUGGAGAAGGAAGUCAUCAGAGCCGGCACCGGUCCCAAGCCCUCCGCCGGUCAGACCGUCACCGUACACUGCACCGGAUUCGGGAAAAAUGGUGAUCUAUCCCAGAAGUUUUGGAGCACAAAGGAUCCUGGACAGAAGCCCUUUUCAUUCCAAAUCGGUAAAGGUGCUGUUAUCAAAGGAUGGGAUGAAGGUGUCAUGGGCAUGCAAGUUGGAGAGGUGGCCCGUCUUCGGUGCUCACCGGACUACGCGUACGGACCUGGUGGGUUUCCGGCAUGGGGAAUCCAGCCUAACUCGGUUCUCGACUUUGAAAUCGAAGUGCUGAAUGCGCAGUGACCCUACCAUUUGAGCAGAACUCCAUAUCAUCUACUAAGCCAGAAGAAGAUAUUUGAUUGAUUGUGUAUGGCGUGGCGAUGUUACGUUCUUGUACUCAGUGGAACCUACUUCUAUGGCGCUUUGCUCUCUCGGACAUAAACCACUUUUGUUCGAAUAAAUCUGACUGUUGGGUUGUAUAGCCCUUGUACCGUUUAUAUUGUCUUUCCUGUCCGGAUAUUUGAUUUAACAAUCCCAAUGUGAAUCUUACCAAAAAAUAUUUAGACAUGUGAAAAGGGUCUUACUGAAA